UGUCUGCUGCAAUCAGCGAUAUUCUAUCAUGUAACUCACGUACAUGCAAAAAUUUUCUUUCUCUUGGCUGUGUCCCAGAGAGGAGUCUUAUUGCUGUACGAAACUGAAGUUUCUCUUCGGAGAUAAUUGCAGGAAGAAGCGAGUUUCUUUUGACAAAGUGAGUUUCUCUUGCGUUUGAAAUCAACCAGAUGUGGAAAGCGUGAUCUACAGAACCUAUGUAGCGGCGAAAGGAACAGGAAUGUGUUUGCAUUUUGUAGGGAAAUUGUCUACUUUCUCCACUAGAUGACGCAUGAUUCAAAGAUCAGACGAGCAAAGAGGAAAUUUUUCGAUGAAUCAAGUUAAAAUAAAGUUUUUAAGGAGGACUUCAUAGGCCUGCAUAACUCAGCUGACUGAAUGCUUUAUUCAUUGUCAUGGAGGCAGCUGAUCUUGUAUCGUAGAAAAUUAAUUUUGUCCGCUCAGUGAGGGAUGUGCAUGCAUGUACAUUAUGGCUUACAAAUUACCAACACGGUAUUUUAUGCUGUGUUCUUUUAUGAUUCUGAUGUUUUGGAUGUUAUUAAACGUGGUUUCUUUUAUGUAUUUGGGGUCGAACGAUAAAUAUUUAACCAAAGGAUACGGUAGACAUCUUCAAAACGACAGCCCGUCGGAUGAUUUCGAGAGAGAGAUGAUAGCGCAAGAGAAGGACCCUAGCACUUUGGGUUUAAUUCGAAAUAAGGAGGAUCAGAGAAUUAGAGAAAACGGUUACGAGAAACACGCUUUUAAUGAACUUGUUAGCAACAGAUUGGGGUUUUACCGUGAAAUACAGGACACUAGACACGAAUUGUGUAAAUCAAUGACAUACUCUUCAAAUCUACCAUCAGCCAGUAUUAUCAUUUGCUUUCACAAUGAAGCAUGGUCAACAUUAUUGAGAACUGUACACAGUGUCUUGAACAGAACAGCGGAAAAUCUAGUUCAUGAAAUAAUCUUAGUUGAUGACCAUAGCAGCUUAGAAACAUUGAAAGAUGAACUUCAAAAUUAUGUAAAAAAAUUACCAAAAACCAAACUAUUGAGGACAGCUCGACGUGAAGGUCUCAUAAGAGGGCGAAUGAUAGGAGCAAAGAAUGCAAUUGGUGAAGUGCUAGUAUUCUUGGACAGUCAUUGUGAAGUGAAUAAAGAUUGGCUUCCACCACUUCUGGAGAGGAUAAAAAAAAAUCCAACUACAGUUGUUUGUCCAGUGAUUGACAUGAUUAAUACGGACACCUUUGAUUACCAGUCCUCUCCCUUGGUGAGAGGCGGUUUCAACUGGGGUCUUCAUUUUUCUUGGGAGCCUGUGCCCAAGCAUUUGCUUGUGAAGCCUGAUGACUAUGUUCUGCCCAUUAGAUCACCUACCAUGGCUGGAGGCUUGUUUGCCAUGGAUCGUAAUUAUUUCAAUCAGCUUGGUCAAUAUGAUGAAGGAAUGAAUAUUUGGGGAGGUGAAAAUCUGGAGAUCUCAUUUAGGAUCUGGAUGUGUGGUGGUUCCCUUGAGAUCAUUCCCUGCUCUAGAGUUGGACACAUAUUUCGUAGAUGGCGCCCUUAUGGAUCAGAUUCACAAGGUGACACUAUGUCAUACAACUCAAUGAGGGUUGCGGAAGUAUGGCUUGAUGACUACAAGAAGUAUUUUUAUCAAAUCAAGAAAGAUCUUGUGGGUAAACCCUUUGGGGAUGUAAGUGCAAGAACUGAGCUAAGAAAGAGGUUGAAUUGCAACAGUUUUAAGUGGUAUAUGGGAAACAUUUACCCUGAACUGAGACUUCCUGAAGAAGGUGUUGGUGGUAAUAGUGUUAUCUGGAAUGCUGCAUCACGAAAAGAUAAAGUGAUUGUUAAUAAAGGAAAUCUCCAGAAUGUUGGUAGCCUCUUGUGUCUUGACAUUCCUGGACAGUCAAGUGAAAAGCAAGCCUCUGCUUUGCUACGCAAUUGCAAAGAGACCCAUGCCAAGGUUUGGUCACUCAAUCAAGACAAUGAAUUGAAAGUGGAUCGCUUGCUCUGCCUUGAAGUAACCAGACAAGAGAUGUUGAAAGUUAUGAAAUGUCAUGGACAAGGAGGAGCUCAAGAAUGGCGGCAUAAUAAGACUCUGCAGUUGUACCACAGAGCAUCUGGUUUGUGUAUGAUGUCUACCAAAAAAUCAACUGUGAAGAUGGAAAUCUGUGAUGAUAGCCUCACCCAGAAAUGGUACUUCACAACUGACUAAGGAGGAGAAACUGAUUUAAAGAAGUCAGGCAAACUCAUCUGUGGGAGAGUAUGUGAUAUCUUGAAAUAAUGUCAAGCUGAUAGAAGGUGGAAACCCAUGUUAGCUGUCAGACCAUUUUUCACCAGCUAUGUUUUGAAUUGUGAUUAAAUAGAAAAUGAGUAUUUUUUAAAUGAUUCUAAUAUCAAUGUAUGGCCAAAGAAAAGUUUCUCAAAUAUGUCCCAGAAUGCUGUAAAUCAUAUCUCAUCACUUUACUAUUUAUUGAUAUUGUGAGAAAUUACUUUUUUUGGUCAUUCCUGUUUGUGAAAGAGUUUAAAAAGGUUACAAUAGGCUUAACUCUUUAACUCCCAGAUCAAAUUUGUAAUUCUCCUUACUGUUAACCAUACAAUUCUUAUGUUAGUUCAGAGAAUUUAGUUCUGGAUCUACUAAUCAUCCCCAAAUUUAUAUAUUUUUCUUUAUUCUCAUUUCUUAUCUAUUAGAUGUUGUAUUGAUAUUGUAAGGAGAAAUUCUGUCUUGGUCACUCAUGAGAGUUAAAUGGUUAAGAUAACACUUUUGAACUGGCUCACUAAUUUUAUAUUCAGACUUCCAAUUAAGUGGCCUUUCCCUUCAAGGUUACCUGGACAUCUUGAUGUAAAACAUGGAUACUGCCUCAAAAACUGAAAAAUUGUAAACAAGUCUACAGACUAUAAAAUGUAAAUUUAAGGAUCUCAUGGUUAUAUUUUUGUCCAAGAAAAAAGAACUUGAAAAAAUUUGUUCCCUUCAAUUCCUACACAAAAAAUGACAUUGAAAUUUACCGCAAAGUUCUCCUUUCUCUAUUGAACAUUACGAUGUAAACAAUUUAUCAUUUUAUGCUUAAUUCAUGGAAGGAAAUUAUUGACUGUAAAUUGUAUUCUAUUUA